UCAGCCAUGUUCUUUUAUAGUUAAAUGAUAAUGGUCAGCCACCUCGGUAGCUUGCUAGCUGAAACAUUGCAGCUCUUUAGACUCGUUCAUGUAUAUUAUCCACUGUGUUUUAAAUUCACUUCUGUCGUCUAGCUAGUUAUCCCAUUUAAUUUCAUAUGUACAUUGUUGUUAUUAGUCAGCUAGCUGGCUGGUUUAGUUCGCUAGCCUAGAUAGCUAACUGUUAGCUAACAUCCCCGACCAUGAGUUCACUGAGCUACUCUCCUCCAGCUAAAGAAGAGGAGGUCUGCUGGACGGAGAAAGAGGGUCUGUGGCUGAACGUUGUCGUAAAAGAGGAGAAGGAAGAGGAGGAUGUCACAGUAACAAAAGUAGAAGAUGAGGAUGUUGCAGUGAAGGAAGAGAAAGAGGAGGAUCCCGUUUUUGGAGUGAAGGAGGAGGGAGAGAUAACUGUCGUAUUGGAAGAAGAAGAGGGGGAUACUGGACAUCUGAUUAACCCCAGCGAGAGACCAGACUCUCACUCUGACCGUGGAAAGGGUCCUUCAGGGGAACGAGACCCAGAGACGCCCAAACCAGCGAGACCACACCACUGCUCCCAGUGUAAUAAGAGUUUUAAGUGGUUAUGUAAGCUGAAAAAGCAUGAGAAAAUACACACAGGGGAGAAACCUUUCCAAUGCUCCCAGUGUGGAAAGAGUUUUACCCAGUUAGGGACCCUGAAAAGGCAUGAGAGAAUACACACAGGAGAGAAGCCUUACCAAUGCUCCCAGUGUGGAAAGGGUUUUACACGAUUAGGGAACCUGAAAAAGCAUGAGGGAACACACACAGGAGAGAACCCCUUACAAUGCUCUCAGUGUGGAAAACGUUUUACCAAGUUAGGGAACCUGAAGGAGCAUGAAAGGACACACACAGGGGAGAACUCUUACCGUUGCUCUCUGUGUGGAAAGGAUUUUACCAAGUUAGGGAGCCUAAAAGUACAUAAAAGAAUACACACGGGAGAGAAACCUUUCCAGUGUUCUCAGUGUGGAAAAGGUUUUACACGGUUAGGGCAUCUGAAGGAACAUAAAAGAAUACACACAGGAGAGAAACCUUUCCAAUGCUCCCAGUGUGGAAAGGGUUUUACCUUGUUAGGGAACCUGAAUAUGCACGAAAAAACACACACAGGAGAAAAGCCUUACCAAUGCUCCCAGUGUGGAAAGAGCUUUACACAGUUAGGGAACCUGAAGGAGCAUGAAAAGACACAUACAGGGGAGACAUCUUACCAUUGCUCUCUGUGUGGAAAGGAUUUUACACGGUUAGGGAACCUGAAAAGGCAUGAGAGAAUACACGCGCUCUUUCCAACGCGCCCAGUGAGGAGCAGGACUUGGAACCGGUUCAGGGAACAGAACCUAAACCCGGAAAAGAGCAAAACAUUUGAGGAACAGAAACAGAACCGAUAACGAAAGUGAUCUCUACUAUUAUUUUUGAAAAGCUUGGGAACCGGUUAAUGUUAUUUUAAAGUAAUUGUGGAAAUCCAACUUUUCAAAGUUCUUAUUCUGUUAAAAUCAUACCCAAAUAAUGUCUACUCUUAUUUUAUACACCUGUGAGCAAAAGGGUCUUACUGAAAUAGCUAAAUCCAAUCAUUUGAAGUGGUGUCCACAUACAUUUGACCAUGUGGUGACCUCAUCAAUGUUCCCAUCAGUAUUAUUCCACCAUGUUAGAGAGAACACAGGUGCUGAUUGUAAAACACUUUUGAUAAAUGCAAAUGUUUUUUCUUGAUAUAAUUAAAAUGUGUAACGCCAUUAGUGAACAUUCAUUAUAUACAUCUAUGUACUGUUACAUGUAGGAGCAGUAUAGACCUAGUCUGUUCAUUAUAUACAUCUACAUGAUGUAUUGUUACACCAUGUAGGAGCAGUAUAGACCUAGUCUGUUCAUUAUAUACAUCUACAUGAUGUAUUGUUACACCAUGUAGGAGCAGUAUAGACCUCGUCUGUUCAUUAUAUACAUCUACAUGAUGUAUUGUUACACCAUGUAGGAGCAGUAUAGACCUAAUCUGGUCAUUAUAUACAUCUACAUGAUGUAUUGUUACACCAUGUAGCAGCAGUAUAGACCUAGUCUGUUACAUGUAGGAGCAGUAUAGACCUAGUCUGUUACAUGUAGCAGCAGUAUAGACCUAGUCUGUUACAUGUAGGAGCAUACUAUCUGUUUGUUUAAAUGGCUGAAUAAGACAUUUAAAUACAGAUCUGUAGUAGAUGUUACAUUUUAUUUUUUUCUCACUCAUUAAAAAUCUUCACUAAUCAAUUAA